AUGAGCACCAUGUUCGCGGACACCCUGCUCAUCGUUUUUAUCUCCGUGUGCACGGCUCUGCUUGCCGAGGGUAUAACCUGGGUCCUGGUUUAUAGGACAGACAAGUACAAGAGACUGAAGGCAGAAGUGGAAAAACAGAGUAAAAAAUUGGAAAAGAAGAAGGAAACAAUAACAGAGUCAGCCGGUCGACAACAGAAAAAGAAAAUAGAGAGGCAAGAAGAAAAACUGAAGAAUAACAACAGAGAUCUGUCAAUGAGAUCAAGAGACUUAAAGCUCUAUUUCUGUACCAGAUUCUUUUCUGGAAGUUGGAAGCUUGUCAGUCUUCUAAAAAUAGCAAUUCUUUGUUUUUUCCCUUUUAGAUUUGAUGGUAGAGUGGUAGCAAAGCUUCCUUUCACCCCUCUUUCUUACAUCCAAGGACUGUCUCAUCGAAACCUGCUGGGAGAUGACACCACAGACUGUUCCUUCAUCUUCCUGUACAUUCUCUGUACUAUGUCAAUUCGGCAGAACAUUCAGAAGAUUCUUGGCCUUGCCCCUUCACGAGCUGCCACCAAGCAGGCAGGUGGAUUUCUUGGCCCUCCACCUCCUUCUGGGAAAUUCUCUUGAACUCAAGCAAGAACUCUUUAAUUCCUGUUCUUCUUUUCAGAAACUCACAUCAGACUGGCAACUAUUUUGCAGCAAGAGCCAUAGGCUGCCCUAGCACUUGGGCCACUUUUAAUUUUGAAUUACUUUUAGACCUUUUGGAUAUGAUUAGAACAAGAAUGGCCACCAACAAAUAUAAUAAUGCUUUUGGUCAUAGAUGAAUUAUUUUUUAAAUAAAUGGAUUGAUCAGUUAAGUUCAGGUGAUGUUUAUGUACUGAGAAACAAGCAGCAUCUUUCUGUUUCACUUUCAUAAAUGUUUUCUGUGGGACCGACUCUCAAGGCUGUUGUGUGUACUGUGGAAGAUGGCUUUCUAUGAACAUUUAAAGAUCUAGAAGGAAAAUUUUGUUUAUGAUGGUAACUCUUAAUGGAACUCUUGUGUUGUUUCUUCCAAGCCAAAUAUAUGACUUAAGAUUAAUAAAGAGGCCAAAUUUUUAGCUA